CUUUCCAUCCUCCGCACCGUACGACCGCAACAACCUCCCCUUUUUCCGCCGGCGAGCGACCGAUCCGGCGGACGGACCAUGGCCGCGCUCGUCGGCGACGUCGCCUACUGGCUGGCGGAGCACCCGGACAUCGUCGGCUUCCGCUGGAGCCCCUCGGGCCUCUGGUUCUCCACCUGGGCCUUCCUCCUCGGCUUCCUCGCCACCUACGUGUCCCUCUGCCUCGCCGCCGACGCGCUCCUCCGCCGCCGGAAGCCGCUCCCUCUCGGGCCCCUCCCCCCCGCGCACGCGCUCCUCAUGGCCGCCGUCUCCGCCACCAUCUUCGCCGGCACGCUCCUGUCGGCGGUGGCGGAGAUUCGGGACACGCGGUGGUCGUGGCGGGGCCGGAGCCGGACGACCCCCUUCCGGUGGCUCCUCUGCUUCCCGCCGGGGACCCGCUCGUCGGGCCGCGUCUUCUUCUGGUCCUACGCCUACUACCUCUCCCGGUACCUCCACGCGGCGCGGGGCGUGUUCGCGGUGCUCAGGCGCCGGCGAGGGGCGGCCGCCCGGGUGUUCGCGCACGCGGCGUCCGUGGCCAUGGCGUUCCUCUGGCUCGAGUUCUCGCAGUCGUUCCAGGUGCUGGCCAUCCUCGCCUCCACGCUCGCCCACGCCGUCGCCUUCGGGUUCCGCUUCUGGGUGGACAGCGCGGGGCUCCCGGCGGCGCGCGCCGCCCGGAGCGGGUCGGCGCCCGUGGCGCUGGGGUGCCAGCUCGGGCUGCUGGGGUGCAACCUGGUGUGCCACGCGGGGGUGGUGUGGAUGCACUUCGGGGGCGCGAUGGCCGGCGGGUGCAGCGGCAUCGGGGCCUGGGUGGUCAACACGCUGCUCAACGCGGCGCUGCUCUGGGUGUUCCUCCACUGCUACGGCACCCGCGGCGUCUGCGACGACGACGGGGGCGCCGCCGCCGGCACGGCGAAGAAGAAGAAGAAGAAGAGGGAGAUGUGAGAGCGGCGUGAGGUGAUCCCCAACCAACCAUUGUAAUAUACGUACUACUGUAGUACAACCCAUUGCUGUACAUAUAGGUAGGCCGGCAUUGGCAAUCGGCAUUCGGCAUCUGGCAUCUGGCAUCCCAAAUGAGAUGAGAUGAGAUGAGAUGAGGAGGUGGCUGCUGCUGCUAUAAACCAAAGCAAAAAACAAAAAACAAAAACAAAAUUCAAUUCUAAUUUAUAGAGAUCCGCAUAUACAUACAUACAUACAUACAUGCAUACAGAUCGACGAUUGGAUCGAA